AAGUUUUGUGCAAAAUAAAAACAUGGUGUAAUCUUGAAGUUCUUGCUGCUGUAAGCAGCAUAUUGGUAAAAUGGAUUAUAUGUUAAUCUGUGGAGAUGAAAUUGCACUCGAGGGACUAGAUGGUUGCCCCCCAAUAAAGCUCUGGGAGAAUCUCCAGAAAAGGACUCCUCCAUUCCCUAUAAACAUUGAUGAUGGUAUUAAGAGCUACCUUUGGACUGGAAUUGUUGAAUCCCUUGAUGUGAAGUUUUAUUCCCUGGAGACUCCCUUGCCUCAUAUCUUUAGCAAUGACAUAGUGGGAUUGAACAGGAAAAAGUUUAACUGGAAUUUAAAGCAAGAGUCUGAUGGUUGGACCAUUGAUUUCUUCUUCAACUCCUUUCACAUGGUGCAUGAUGGAGAGAUUAUUGGCUCAUGUCCAGAGUACGAAAGGAGAACGGACAUUACAUCAGAAAUAAGGAGUGUUUCUGGGAAGUGUCUUUUGUCAUUGCAGCAGGCUUUGGACAGAUGGGGAGACCACYUGGUGAUAGUUGCAUCUCAAGAAUUGAGGCAAAAGGCUUUAAUAGAAGAUGACAUUGAUCCUACGAUYGCAUUGACACCAUUACAGUUCUGUCUGCUAGAACAUGUUGGGCAGGCAAGAACAAAUGGUAGACUGCAAAGGUUUAUGGCCAUUCACUUAAACAUUGAUGCUAAGCAUUUGUUUUUCAUACUGAAAAAGUUGUCACAAGAAAUGGGACUCAUUAAAAAGCAGAAGUCYGUUAUCUGCAACCACCCAGCAAGUAAUGUGAUAUCAAAUUUUAUUCGUCUCAAGAGRUUCUGUACACCACCACGUCACCCAUUURACAACCUAGGUGCUGAGAUGUGUGAAUUUUUAGCAACCCAGCCAAACCAAAGGAUAUCUUUCACGGACUUACAGAAGCACUAUAAGAAUGUUGCUGGUUUUCCAAGAUACAGAACCAUCAAGAAAGUC